GGUUUUCAGGUUUGUAGUCGUCAUUUUUAAUCAUGAUUUGGAAGUAAAUGCUGCUCUCGUUCCAAUUAAGGUCUCGAACAGCUAACAGUAUACAUGCCUAGCUGCAUCGAAAUGUUGGUUUCCCUAUGGUCAGAUCGAAUACGUUUCCGCCGUUGACCGCGUUGGCGAGUUGACUGAGAGGCGCUGUUGAUUUGGAAAAAUAAUUGACAUCUAUUCAAAGAAGUGAGGGUUGUACGUUGGGAAAUCUGUGCAUGGAGAAGACUCCAUGGAGAAGACUGUAUCGCCGUAAGGCAUUGGGGAUUGUAAAUGAGGAUAUGUUUCUGGAAUAGGAAGACUGACAGGCAGCGACCAAGGAGAAGAGACUUCAGCAUGCAAACCUUCAUCUGUCCAGCUUGCUCCCUUGUUUUCGUUCCACGCUUCUGGGCUUCUGAUGGCUGCUCCCAUUCCCCAUUUGCACCAGCAGUACAGUGAGCAGCACCAACAGACUACUGACCCGUCUGUGCCGGCUCUGCCCCACAGCGAGCAGGCGCAGCAGUCUAUUGCCUGCCAGGUGACCCCUGAUGUUGUCAUGUUACAGAGGCGCAUGCCACAGUGCUUUCGCGACCCGUCCUCGUCUCCCCUGAGGAAGCUCUCUAUUGACCUGAUCAAAACCUACAAAUGCAUCAAUGAGGUAUACUAUGCAAAAAAGAAGCGGAGACACCAACAGGGCCAGGGCGACGACUCUAGUCACAAGAAAGAGAGGAAGGUCUUCAACGACGGCUAUGAUGACGACAACUACGACUACAUCGUCAAAAACGGGGAGAAAUGGAUGGACCGCUACGAGAUCGACUCCUUGAUAGGGAAAGGCUCGUUUGGACAAGUUGUAAAGGCAUAUGACCGUGCAGAGCAGGAGUGGGUGGCAAUUAAGAUCAUCAAGAACAAGAAGGCUUUUCUUAAUCAAGCCCAGAUUGAAGUGCGGCUCCUCGAGCUCAUGAACAAACAUGACACGGAGAUGAAGUACUACAUAGUUCACCUAAAGCGCCACUUCAUGUUCCGGAGCCACCUGUGCUUGGUGUUUGAGAUGCUCUCCUACAACCUGUACGACCUGCUGCGGAACACCAACUUCCGUGGCAUCUCACUCAACCUCACACGCAAGUUUGCCCAGCAAAUGUGCACAGCACUGUUAUUCCUGGCCACGCCUGAGCUCAGCAUCAUCCACUGUGACCUGAAGCCCGAGAACAUCCUGUUGUGCAACCCCAAGAGGAGCGCCAUCAAGAUCGUGGAUUUUGGCAGCUCCUGCCAGCUGGGACAGAGGAUCUACCAGUACAUCCAGAGUCGCUUCUACCGCUCCCCAGAGGUGCUGCUGGGCAUGCCUUAUGACUUGGCCAUCGACAUGUGGUCCCUGGGCUGCAUUCUGGUGGAGAUGCACACCGGUGAGCCCCUCUUCAGUGGGGCCAAUGAGAUUGAUCAAAUUAACAAAAUAGUGGAAGUUCUGGGUGUCCCUCCAAAUUACAUAUUGGACCAGGCGCCCAAGGCCAGGAAGUUCUUUGAGAAGAUAUCGGACAGCACGUGGGGUGCAAAGAAGACCAAAGAUGGCAAAAGGUAUAAGCCGCCGGGCAUGCGGAAGCUGCACAGCAUCCUGGGUGUGGAGUCGGGGGGUCCUGGGGGGCGGCGGGCGGGUGAGUCUGGCCACGCUGUCGCUGACUAUUUGAAGUUCAAGGAUUUGAUCCUUCGGAUGCUGGACUAUGACCCCAAGAGCCGCAUCCAGCCCUACUACGCCCUGCAGCACAGCUUCUUCAAGAAGACUGCGGAUGAGGGGACCAACACGAGCAGCAGCGUGUCCACCAGCCCUGCACUGGAGCAGUCCCAGUCCUCUGGAACCACCUCCAGCACCUCCUCCAGCUCAGGAGGGUCGUCUGGCACGAGCACCAGUGGGCGGGCACGCUCGGACCCAACACAUCAGCACCGGCACAGCGGAGGUCACUUCAGUGCCGUGCAGGCCAUGGACUGCGAAAAUCUCUACCCACAGGCGAGGCAGCCGCUCCCUCCCCCAGUUGGCUGGGCUGGUGGCAAAGGGGCACAGACAGUGACAGUGGAGACCCACCCCGUCCAGGAAACCACCUUUCACGUGCCUCCCCAGGCGCCCAAGGCCAUCCACCCCUUGGCCCCCGGUAACAGCUCCUCCGCCCACCAGCACCAUCACCACGGACACCAUCACUUACACCAUCAACCCCACCACCCCCAUGGACAGCAGGGCCUGCCUGCGCGGCCCCGCCUCUACCACUCCCCUAUCAACAGUGCCUCCACAGAGAACUCGGUGGAGGUGGUGCACGGCCACCUGUCUAUGACCUCCCUGUCUUCCUCCUCCUCCUCCACAUCUUCCUCCUCCGCCGGGACCCAGGGGAACAAGGCUUACCAGCUGCGCCCGCUCCCUGCCAACGCAGCCGUGGACUUUGGCCAGAACGGCAGAAUGGGACUGGGUGCCUUCUCCAACCCCAGACAAGAGACUGGGAUGGCGGGCCAACCCACCUACCCCAUGGGCAUGAGACAAGGCAUAGACAGGGAGGAGUCGCCCAUGGCAGGAGUCUGUGUACAGCAGAGUUCUGUCGCCAGUUCUUGACUAAACUGAGAAUGUUUUGUGUUUUUGAAGGUGGUAGGUUUUUAUUUCAACAAAAAAGUGCGUAAAGAAUCAAAAAGCUGCUUUAAACUAGAGGGGGAGAUGAUCACUUACUCUCUACCACAGUGCAAAGCCCACCAUUUCUCCAACUCCUCCCCAUGCCACCCUUGGGUUUCUCUCUUCACUUUGGUUUCAAAUGGGAUUAUUCGCUCCACCAUUUUCAGUGUUCACAGGGAAUUAGAUUUUUACUACAAACGUUCUUGCAUAACAUACUUCACAACCGUACUGAAACAUCCAUUCAUUUCACAUACAACUCUCACUCGACUGCAUGGUUUGCAUUAUUCCUUGUUAUUGUCAGCCGAGAGCUUAGAAGUCUGUGGAUAGAAAAUGACGUAGACAUUUUUCGUUAACGGCUAUUUAGUAAAGGAAUUGUUACAGCACCAUAACAUUUCCAGAAACUCCUAUCCACACAUUUGCACUUUUUUCCAUAUUCGGCAAGAAUAAUUUUCUCUGGAUUUAUAUUCUCAUUUGAAUUUUUCUGUUCUGUUGUACAAUCUCACCUGUGAGCUGUGAGACAUGAAGUGUAUACUACAAAGCAGGAUCAAUGAGUUAGCUAACUUUUAUAAACAACCAGGUUGUUGUCAUUAGACCAUUUCCAUUUCAAGCUUCUUUUUUAAAAAUAAGUUAUUUCCGAAUAUUUAGGCAAGUUGGCUGGCUAACUCAUUGAUCCUGCUUUGUAGUAUACCUGUCCAUAGAGUGGCAGAGGAUUGAAGCAUUAUACAGGGAGUUUCCAUCUCGCUGGGUUUGUCUGUCACACUUUCUUUGAGAGGAAUGUGGAUGCGCUGCGCGGGGGGCCAGCCAUGUACAGCUGUGCAGCAGAGUGCCAUGCUGGGAGGCCCCAGGCCACACUGAAGAUAUGUACUUAAGAGCAGUGGCCAGGGCCGAGCCACCCCAAACCUACAGUACAGUUGUCUGGGCAGUGUCCGGUUUUUUAGAUAACUCUUUGGCCUUAUGUUUUUUUGGGACUCUGAAAUUAAGGGUGGGGGGUGGGGAAAGAAGCUGGACAUUAUUGUUUAAAUGAGAAAAUAGCUUUCUAUUUUUGAAGUUUGGGUAUAAAACAAACAUAAUCCUUAACAAAGAAAAAGUAGAAAAAAUUUGUUUUGAGAAUGGUAAUUUGAGGCCUUUAACUAAAACGGGUGACUUGCGAGGUCCAGUGAUUGCCGGGCCUUGUAAGUUCACGGAAGUAUUUUUGUUGCAAGAUGGAUGGAAUUGGCUAUGACUGUGUCCCUUCCAACUUUUUACUUGCUUUUCUGUUUCUUCAGCAUGUGGUUCCUCCAACAGAGCUUCUGCAAAAAUGUCUUCUGUUCAUCUUUAUAUGAAAACAUGCUGAAUUUUAUGUGACUGCUUUUUUGCCUCACAAUUAUGCUGUGAAUUUUACAAGAAUUUAUUUUCCCUUUUUGAUAAUUUAUUGUACCAAAGCUGUUUUUAUAGCACAUAGAUUUCUGUAACCAAUAAUGUAGCAGUUCUGCACUUUGACACAAGGUAUAUCAAGACCUUUUUAAAAUGUCAGUAAAAAUGGCUGAAUCUAUUGCUUUAGCAAAACUGGAGCUGUUGUUGAACUCGGUACAUUUACUGUUAGCUGAAUCUUCAACAGAAUUGGUUGUAAAGGUUUUUUUUCUCUCUAAAAAGACAAACAACAAUCAAAAACAAAUCUCUCAUUGGUAUAACUUUUUUCUGUUCUCAAGGACUUGAGGGACAAUAGAUGCCAACGCUGAUUGCUACUCUGCGGGUUCCGGAGUAUCAGUAUGGUCGCUGUUAGUUGAGGCAAGUCCUCGUAUUCAUGAGUUGAAAGUGAGAGAGGAAAGAUGUGAACAGUGCAUUAAUCCUUCAAUUUGUGACCAGGUAUUCAGCAGCUGUUUCAAACGUGCCUGUCUUGAUAAAGCUGCCUUGACUACUUUCGGCAGUCUUCAUGGCAGUGGCUAAAAUGGUGCCCCCUUUUCCCCGUCAAUUUAGAAACAACCUUUUUUGACCUAGCUAGCAGAGAGGCACUGUACACAUCCACAUUUUAGCUGGGAUACUGCUCUAAAUUAGCUAAAAUCCAUGUUUGACUGAAGCUCUCACCAUGGAGGUUGAAUCCAAAAGGAAACUAGUAGGGAAGAAUGGUGUGAGAGGUGAGCCCUGCCUGCUGGAGUGUCCUACUCCAGUCUCAUCGUGUGAUGCCUGAGGAUACGGGAGAACUGGCCUAAGUUUUGUACCCUUUGCAAAAAUUUAAGGGGGCAGCAACAGCUAGAGGAAAGGUGUCCAUGACAUCACAGGCUUCAGGUGUUUACUUUUCAACCCCAUUUUAAUAGCUGAAAUAGAAUUUAUUAUGUAUAUAUUUGUAUUUUUUUAAUAAAGGAAGUUUAGAACUCACUACUUUUUUCCUAAUGGUAUUUUGAGUACAUUUAAGUCAAUGUGGAGACCAUGCAGUGGAAGUUCUGUGAUAUUAGUCAGUGGGUAACUGUGCUUCCAGGCCAAAGUAGUUGACAAUGCCAGUACAAAUGCAAAACUUUUAGGGUUUAAAUUAACAGGAGAGUAGAUAUUCAUACCGUAAAUAUUAUAGACAGGGUAUAGUGUGUGGAUGUGUCUACAAACCUGAAUGACAGCUGUGUUUUAAUAUAUAAAUACAUACGCAAUUAUGUACAUAUAUUACAGGAACUAUUUUUAGGUGCAUUAAAAUUGACAUACGCUUCCACCGUGGGGCCAUUUGCAGUCGGGCUACUGAUACGUGUGUGUGAAAGUGAAAGCCACGAUCGUCAACAAACAUCCAACUUUUACUCCCAAGUGUUCAAUAUCAUUUCUGCUCUGCUCCCUAUUUAAUUGGAAUACAGGCUUUUUAUUGCCACCCUUGCCUUCCUGUCCCCCAGUCGUCUGAUUUUGAGUGAUUGACAACAGUUUGGUUACAGGACAUCUGACGUGCAUUGUAAAGAUUAAACGGCAUGGGAAAAGAAAUACCUGUGUCCACAUUGUAAGAUCUAGUCAAUACUUGCUCUGUAUAUGAGAAUGUUCCAAACAUUUUUUUUUUAAAUGGACAAGCCCUUUGUAUUAUAUUCAAGCGGUCUUAUGUAUGAUAUAAACAUUUAAAAAAGUUAA